GGAGGCUGCGGCUGCUUCAGUCCGGCCACUGCUAUGGCCUGGGGCUGCCGCUGACUUUGCGGAUCCGUUCGGGGGUGGCCGCGGAGGGGAGGAAGGCACCGAGACCCCGCCGGGAGCUGCCGUCCCCGGCGAUGAGCGGCUGAGGUGGGCCCGAGCGGUGGCCGCUGGACAUCCGUGCCGCUCCACACCUCCUUCCCUAUCCCGGGACGCGGAGUCAGCGAGGCUAAGCCACCGCUCCCUCACCCCCUUCCUGGCGCCGGUGGCCGCGAGGGGUUGGCGAUGGCGGAGCGGCUGCCGCCUGGUCCCCCGGUGAUUUUUUGCCAGGACUCCCCGAAGCGCGUUCUGGUUUCCGUUAUCAAAACGACACCGAUCAAACCAUCCUCACCGGCAGCCGGCGAGGAGCCGGCGCCCGCCCCGCCCGUCCCGAACAGCCCCGGCUUCAGCGACUUUAUGGUCUACCCCUGGCGCUGGGGAGAGAAUGCCCACAACGUGACCCUCAGCCCUGGCGGCGCCGCCGCGCUCCCGGCUCUCCCACCGCCCCUCGGGGGAACGGGCAGGGCGGCCACCGGGGACGCCGAGCGAGCUGGGGGCCCAGCCGGCGGAGGCGGCAGGCACCGGCACCUGAAGCGGUGGGACCGUGCGGGAUGCCAGCUCCACGCUGUGUUAAUGCAGGAUGGGCUAAGGCGAGGCCGUCCGAGAGCAGACACCGUCCGCCACCUGAUUAGCGAAGGAGAGCACUCUUCUAGCAGAAUACGCUGCAAUAUCUGCAACAGGGUUUUCCCGCGAGAGAAAUCUCUGCAGGCCCACAAACGAACGCACACCGGUGAAAGGCCUUAUUUGUGUGACUACCCAGACUGCGGGAAAGCCUUUGUUCAGAGUGGACAGCUCAAAACCCACCAGCGUCUCCACACAGGGGAGAAACCUUUCGUCUGCUCAGAGAAUGGAUGUUUAAGCAGAUUCACGCAUGCAAACCGUCACUGCCCCAAGCAUCCGUAUGCCCGACUGAAGAGGGAAGAGCUUACAGACAGGCUGAGUAAGAAGGAGACGGCUGACAAUAAAGCUGUAGCUGAGUGGCUAGCAAAAUACUGGGAGACCAGAGAACAGCGGGCUCCUGCUUUGAAAAGUAAAACAAUACAGAAAACAGAUCAGGAGCAGCAGGACCCCAUGGAAUAUCUUCAGUCUGAUGAAGAGGAUGAUGAAGAAGAGAAAAACAGCGCUCAUUCAGCUGCUCGCCGCCGCCUCCAGGAACAGCGUGAACGCAUGCAUGGCGCACUGGCUCUUAUUGAGCUUGCAAACCUAGCUGUGGCACCGCUGCGACAGUAGAUCAGAACAGAGUCUGCCUAUACAAAAUGUACUUACUGGUGGUAUUUAACCAGUUAGAUCCUGAGUAUAAAUAAGCUAAGCACCUUAUUUGCUUGUCAUAGGCUGCUAUUCUGUAGAAUUUAUGAAGAAUGUUGUUGCCCCAUCACAUGGGGUGAGAGAAUUGCACUUUUUUUAAGGUAAAAGAUAGUUGUAAAGUUUCUAAGUAUUUUGUAAAUACAGGAAUGCAUAAUGCAGGGUUGACAAAUGUAUGUGUUGUGGGGAGCUAGAUUUUGCAAGGUUAACUCAUUUAUUUGAAGCAGUUUUCACAGGAAGCACUUUCUAAACAAAGUGUUUGCGAUUAGCAGAAUGGUACAUGUGGCCAAAGAAGCCUGACAAAAAAAAGAAAAGUAUUUAUCUGACUAUUUAAGCAAGUUUAUAUUAAGUGGUAGGUCUGAAGAUGUUGUUAAGCAGCAAUGAAACCGUAUUUUUCUGGUGUGAGUACAUCUUUACCUAGUAUCACUGAGGCGGAAAGCAAAAAGCUUGGUUAUCUCAGCUUUCAGAAGGAAAGAAACUGCUUCAUGCAGGAAACCAUAAGAUCAUUAGGGAUCAUCACUGUGACUGCUCAAGGUAUGAGGCUUGACUUUGCUGUUUUACGUUUUCUGAUUUGAUUUCAGCAGAAUCUCUUGGUAGCACUUGUUAAUCCUAACGUGAUGUUAGGAACUUUUGCACAUUGUUGGGUUUAUCUGAAAAUGAUUAGGCUUGCAAAGUCUACACAAAGGUGAAGAAUUGGCAACUUUUUUUUUUUUUUUUCAGCUAUUUUUGGACCCUGUAGUGAUUUGGCACUUGAAUUUGCUAAAGGGGUAUUUACAUGGUGGUAUGGAUUUGCAGUAAACUAUUUUAGGAGUCCUAUAAGCAAACACUAAGUUCUAAAGUAUUGCUUUUAUGUGAUUAUUAGCAAAUAGCCUCCGUACUUUCCGUGCAUAAAGCCACCUUAUUGCUUUACUUCAGGAUAACAUGCCAGUUUUGUGUUCACUAACUGUAGCACAGCUAUCAAUUAAACACUGCAGAAAAGUAUUCACUAUACAACUAGGAAAUAGACUUCCAAAGAUAGUUACAAGCGUGAUAACAGUGUGAUUUCAUGUAUUUCCAAAAUAAAUGAAGUUGCAGAAUGCUGCCUAGUACUCAGAUGCUGAUAAGAAAUGUUCAGUAGGGUAUCUUGUCACUGCAUGAAUGUUGUAUGCUUUCAAAGAGGAUUGUCUCAUGGUGAUCAUUUUCUGUAUUUUGCUUUGAAGGCAACCAGAGAUUCCUAAUAGACUUUUUUUAGUAACAGUCAUUUAAAAUCUGUUUUCAGAUCAGACUUUUUGUAUUGUGGUUUUAUGUGGUUUUUCUGGUUCUAUUAUUGUUUCUUCAAGCUCCUGCUUAAGGGGCUAUUUUUGUAUAUCCCUAUAAAGUGAUAUAAAAAAAAUAAGUUGUAUUUACUGACCUGCUUGCUUUAAUUCCUUCCUCUUGGUAAAGGUCAGGAAAUUCAGAUGAGAAGGGAAGUCACUUUCCCUCUUGCUUAUACAAAAGGAAGAAACAAUUUUACCAAUCAUUUGAUUAGACUGACCAGAUG